CGGCGGCGGCGGCGGCCGGGGCCGGUGUGGGGCCGGUGUGGGCGGCCAUGGCCGGUCCCCGGGUGGGUCGAGCCGAGGCGGUGGCGGCGCGGCUGCUCCGCCUGGAAGCCCGCCUGGCGCGGGCGGAGCGGCAGCUGCGGGCCGCGCUGGCUCUGCGCGGCCGCCUCCAGGCGCUGGAGCGGCGGCUGGAGAGCGGCGGCGGGGCCCUUCGGAUGUCGGCGAGGCGCGGAGCCGGCGGCGGCGGGCGGGAGGCGGCGCGGCCUCGGGCGGCGGCGAGGCCGGAGGAGGCGUGGGGGCAGUUCGGCGAGCGGGAGCGGCGGGCGCUGCGGGGCUGGCAGCGGGCCUUGCACCGCGCCGUCAUGAGGAGCGACUACCACACGCUGCUCGCCCUCGAGCCGGACCCUCCCAGGGGUGAUGCCCAGGCCCGGUCGGAAGGUGGGAACCAGCAUCGAGCUCCGAGCUGCGAGGACGGGAACGGGAGAGGUGACCCUGCGGAGACCGGCACCGAAGACAACAUAAUCCAUAUUAAGCAAGAGGAAGAGUUGUGCGCUGCCGAUCAGCAGGAGGGGGAGGCUGGAGAAGCUCCUGAAGAGCCCUGCCCGGCAGAGCAAGCGUUUUGUGAGCCCGAGGCUUCAAGUCAGACCAAGAAAGGCAAGGAGGUGUACGCCAGGGAGCUGCCAGGCGUGGAGGGCGAGGACCUCCCCAGAGACCCCGACGCAGGAUUUCAGACUUAUGCAACUGAUGUUUUAUCAUGGAUUAAGCAAGAGGAGGAGCCACGCUGCCCUGAACAACAAGGUGUGGAGAAAGAAGAAGUCUCUACAGAUCCGAGUACAGUGCAUGAUGAAAACACAAAGAGGAACCCUCCGGCAGACUGCUUUGAAAGCACGGUGUGUGACUCGGAGGUACCAGGAAGACCUGGAGAGAAGUUUUCCAAGGAUCCUAAUGCUGGAGUAACAUGGGACAAUCGGUGGAAUUCAGAAACAAUGGAAACAAACACCGCUGGGAACAGCCUUGGGGGUGACGCUCGGUAUGACCGAGGGUUUGGCGAGCACUUAGAUUUCUUUAGCACUCAGGAAAACGGUGUUGGCAAGAGACCGUGCCUGUACAACAAAUGUGAGAGAAACUCCAGCCAGCAGGAACAUCUUCCGACUCCCCAGGGAGCCCGAGAAGGGGAGAUGUUUCCAAGCCCUACGUGUGAGAAGAGUCUUAGCGAAAGGAUGUUCCAUCUACUUCACUCACAGCUGUGUGCUCCCGGUGAGAAAGAAACGAGCUCCCUCGGGCAGGGGGCUGCUCCCGCCUCCUGCGAGGGGCUGCCCACAGUGGCCCGUACCGAGCGUGGACCCAACCCUGCGGGCGGAACCAGGCUUCGUGACCACAACGGCCUCGUGGGAGACGAGCAGCCGUCCGCGGAGAGCGAGGAGAACUUCCCCGCAGAAAACCCGUUAGCCAGCCCCUGCUGGGAUCACCCGCAGGAGAAGUCGGAGGCGUGCGGCAGAUGCAGGCAGCAUUUCGCGCCCAGGGGCAGCCCGGCAAGCCAGGGGCAGAGCCAGGGCCGGGGCAAGUCCUACAUUUGCAGCGACUGUGGGAAAAGCUUCGUUUGCCAUUCGUGGCUCGUUAGACACCAGAUGACUCACACGGGAGAGAGGCCGUACAAAUGCUCCGAGUGUGACAAAAGCUACAGGAGAAAGGAUUAUCUUCUAAAACACCAGCGGCAGCACUCAGGAGAGGGGCUUUUCCAGUGCCCCCUCUGCAGGAAAAGGUUUGUGCUCAGGAGGAGUUUCAUGAAGCAUCAGGAAAGUCACGUGGAAGAAACACACCUGACGUUGGCGGGUUGGCCCUGCACAGAGAUCAGGGGGUCUGUAAUGCACUCUGUAUAAAAAAUCCCGUCCAGCCGGGGCGUUCACUGCACCCUCGGCCAUCACCCUUGCUGGGCCGUGGCAGGAUCUCCCAGCUCCAUGCUGGGCUGCGGCGGGAGGAGGCGGCUGUCGAACAGCUGUCCUGAGCCCCCUCCCAGUAAAAGGCAGAAGGCUGGGGGGUUAUUUUCUGCAGACUGUGUUAAAAUGGUCAGCGAAGCUGUUUCACAGCUUUCACCGGUGCCUGUAGCCGGUCGGGAUGUGCUGGAGCUGUGUAGGAAGUCUGCGGUGCUCAGAGUUACUGCUAGCCACGAAUCCAUGCAGGAGAGAAAUCACAUCAGCACGCGGAACAGUUUGUAACGCUUCAGGCUGGAAAAUAUCUGAAGUGUUAUCCCUAGGCUGCCGAGAGUCCAGAGUCCAGGGACGGAGCCGAAAACAAGUGAGUUAAAGUUACUAAUUGUCCACUAAACAAGUGUUGGGAAACACCCACCUGUGUGAAGUGAUUUGGGAAAGGAAGUGUUGACCCUGUGGCUGUUUGAAAGAAGCCUCUUCGGGAGCAAAGGGGCACAGAGCCCGAGAGGCAGCUUGUUCCCGCAGUUAAAUCACAGAGCUCCUGGGGUUCAGCAGCACGGAGCCCCGAGAGAGGGUUCCUGAGGGCUGGGGUCCUCGCCUGGGGUUGUAAAAUGACGGGGGAGCCCGGAAUAUGGUUUUCGUUUAAAGUUGUGUUGCGUUUAAUUUACCACGUUGUUGCAGGUCUUCUCUGUUUGUAUAAUUUUCCAAAUCCUAUGGAAACAGAAAAUUUAAUACUCGUCAAACAUCCCCUUUCAGAAACUGUAUUUUUCCUCAUAGUCAGUGUCUCCAAAGGGGGAGAGCACUGCUGGGAGUCUGACGUGUUGGUGACACUGCAAGGACACGAUUCAUUCCUUUUGGUAAUA